AUGUAUUUUGAAUUUAAAAUACUUGCAAUAUCACAAUAUCAUUUCUAUUCAUUCCAAUUUUUAAUAAGUCAAAUUUUUCAUUAUUUUUUUGCCACUACAAUUUUAAAAAGAUCAAUUUCUCUUAUUGGUAUAAGAUAUUUUUAUCAAAAAUUAUUUAAUUUAAUUUAUCCUAGAAUGUUUCAAUUUUUUCAUUUAAUUAUAUAUUCUACUUAUUCAUCUGUUAAUUUACUUAUUUCUUCAUUUAUAUUCAUAUAUUAUGUUAUUUCUUCUAUUAAUACUUUGUUUAUCAUUUGUUUCUUCUUUCUCUUAUAUUUCUUUCUAAAUGAUAUGUAUUUUAUUUUGUUUGAAAUUCUGUUAUUUGUUGUUUAUGAUUUGUUUUCAAAUAUUCAUCAACAAUAA